CUGGGCUCCCACACCCUGCUCAGCUCCAUUGGUGACCUGCACCGCCAGCGCCGCAAGAUCCUGGCCAGAGUGUUCAGCCGCGCCGCCCUGGAGAGCUACCUGCCACGGAUCCAGAAGGUUGUGAGCUGGGAGCUGCGGGGCUGGUGCAUGGAGUCGGGCUCCAUCGCAGUUUAUUCCUCCACUAAAACCUUAACUUUCCGCAUUGCAGCUCAGAUUCUGCUGGGGCUCUGCCUGGAGGAAAAGCAGUUCAAGGACCUGGCCAAAACUUUUGAACAGCUGGUGGAGAACCUCUUCUCCCUGCCCCUCAACAUACCCUUCAGCGGGCUGCGCAAGGGAAUCAAAGCACGGGACAUACUACAUGAGUUUAUGGAGAAGGCUAUACAGGAAAAACUGCAGAGAAACAACCCAGAAGAUCACAGCGAUGCUCUGGAUUUCAUAAUAAACAGUGCCAAGGAGCACGGCAAAGAAUUCACCAUGCAGGAGCUAAAGGAGUCAGCGAUUGAGCUCAUAUUUGCUGCUUUUUUCACCACGGCUAGUGCCAGCACCUCUCUGAUCCUCCUGCUACUGAAGCACCCCUCAGUGAUUGAAAAAAUAAGGCAGGAGCUGAUGUCCCACGAGCUGUACCAGCAGUGUGAGCGCUGCCCUGUGGCACCCUGCCCGGACACCCUGACGGCCCAGAGCAGGGACAGUGAGAAGCCACUUCUCCGCCCCACGGCCAAAGAUGCUCGCGAGGACCAGAGCCAGCCCCCAGGCCCAACGGAGGAAGGUUCUCCCCAGCCCCAUGCCCCACGGGAGCCCACCCUCCCCCAGAGCAGUCCCUGUGCUGGUCCCCAGCUCCGAGCGCCGUCAGGGCAGAGCUGUCACUGCCCCUCGGACAUAAGCCUGGAGAAGCUGAGCCGCCUGCGCUAUCUGGACUGUGUGAUUAAGGAGGUGCUGCGGGUGCUGCCCCCCGUCUCCGGAGGCUACAGGACGGCAUUGCAGACUUUCGAGCUGGAUGGCUACCAGAUCCCCAAAGGCUGGAGCGUCAUGUACAGCAUCCGUGACACGCAUGAGACAGCUGCCGUCUACCAGAGCCCCCCCGGCGGCUUCGACCCAGACCGCUUCGGUGCUGCCCGGAUGGAGGCCGCGGGCCGCUUCCAUUACAUCCCCUUCGGUGGUGGGGUGCGGAGCUGCAUCGGCAAGGAGCUGGCGCAGACCAUCCUCAAGCUGCUAGCCAUCGAGCUGGUCAGCACGGCCCGCUGGGAGCUGGCUACCCCCGGCUACCCUGCCAUGCAGACCGUGCCCAUUGUGCACCCAGUCGACGACGGGCUGCAGCUCUACUUCCACCCCUUGCAGCCCAGCUGUGGCAGCGAGGCCUGA